AUGCCUCUACAUUUGUUGGGCAAGAAAUCUUGGAACGUUUACAAUGCCGGAAAUAUAGAAAGAGUUCGCCGCGACGAAGCUGCGGCAAAGGCUGCUGAAGAAGCCGAGGAGCAGCGUAUGCAAGAAAUCGAUGCCCUGCGUCGCUUGGCCAUUUUGCGCGGCGAAGCACAGCCGCCACCUGUAGAGGACGGAGACGGUGAACACGAUGAACCAAGAGACUCCGCCAAGGGGCCUGGUGCCGGAAAUGGACGCCCGAAGCGAAAGCGCAAACGACACGGCGAAGACGAUACAGACUUUGAGCUCCGGCUGGCAAAAGAGAGAGCAGAACCUGACCACCAGGAAUUCAUCGAGGGUGCGAGGAAAUCCAGCAGCUCUGCGCCGAUUGUGGAUCGCCGCGGGCAUAUCGACUUGUUUGGCGACGAGAAGGCCAGAGCACAUGCGGAGAAGAAUGAAGACGCUGAGCGGGAGGCCCAGAAGAGGAAGCGAGAAUAUGAGGACCAGUAUACGAUGCGGUUUUCUAAAGCUGCUGGAAGGGAAGGCGCUAGAACUCCAUGGUACUCGCAGGGCCAAGGAGCACAGCAAGACACGCCGCUCAGAGAUGUCUGGGGCAACGACGACCCGAAGCGCAAGCAACGCGAUGCAGAUCGGAUAACCGCCAAUGACCCACUUUCGAUGAUGAAGAAGGGGGCAUCUCGGGUGCGGGAGCUGAACAAGGAAAGGCAGAGGCUGCUGCAAGAACGCGAGCAAGAUGUCCGUCAGAUGCGAAAAGAGGACAAGCGCAGGGAGAGACGCGGAACACGCCGCAGUGCGUCACCCGAAUCUACUCAAGGGAGACGCCGGAGAUCCAGAGAACGGGGAAACGUCACCGACAGGAAUGAACAAGGUGGUGGUGCCAGCCGUUCCAGGUCAGGUGAAGAACAACGACACUCGCGUCGGCAUGAGUCGCGUCGGCAUGAGUCGCAUCGGCAUGAGUCACGUCACCAUCGGCAUUGA